AUAAAGGCAAGGAUCGGCAAAGUAAGGGCAGCAUUCCUAUAGUUAAAGAAUAUAUGGAACUCAAAACAAUUGUCAAACAAUGUCAAAGUCAGAAUCUUCAAUACGAAUAUCAAGACAGUUCUACUCUACGGAGAUAAAAUUUGGAGAACUACCACAACCAUUAUCAAAAUAGUAUAAGUAUUUAUAAACAAUCGUCUACGCAGGAUACGGAAUUUCGGUUGGUCGGAUAUCAUGAGCAACAGCCUACUGUGGGAGGAAGCGAGCCAGCUUCCAGAUGAAGAGGAAAUUAAGAAAAGACGUUGGAAGUGGAUAGGACACAUAUUACGGAAAUCACCAAACUGCAUCACGAGGCAAUCCUUUACUUGGAAUUCUGAGGAGAGACGGAAAAGUGGAAGGCCAAAGAAAACACUGUGUCGAGGAUCGGAAGAAGACAUGAAAGGGAUGAAUAGCAACUGGGAAGGAUUAUCCAGGACAGAGUUGGAUGGCGAACACUGCUGGGUUGUUUACACUCCUCCACGAGAGGUAACAGGCAUAAGGAAGUUUCUUUUUAUUGAUUUCUAUUCCGAACUCAUUGAGAGUGACUGCUUGUAAUUGUGUUGAAUAAAGUAUUAUCUAGUUUAUACUCACUUUGGUUCUCCAUUCUGGGCCGUGUAUCCUGGAUCUGAUAUAAAGUAUCUAGGUUUAUUAUCGUAAUAACAUAUUAUUGUAGUAUACUUUGUAAGAGAUAAAAAAAUAUUUUAAACAAUCCGUUAUGUCAGUAUGAA